CAGAGAUCCAGAGACUACUCUACGCUCAUCUUCACCGCCAUGUCGUCCGCACUUUCGGGCACGACGCUUAUGGCGCUUCUCACAUCGCUUCCUCUUCCAUCUUCCGCUGCUGAAGAGCUGGUAUCACUCCAUGCGCCAUUCGUUCAGCCGUCCACCCUCUCUCAAUCACAGCUCGGCAAGUGGCUCGCCCGCUUGAACAGCGCCGUGAUGGCGCGCGACCCCGCCGCCGCAUCGCUCGCCGCAAUUGUGAUCGAGCAGGACAGAGAGGGGUACGCCGCUGCACAGCACGGCAAGGGGUGGAUGGGCUCCUGUUUGGGUGUGCUUGCCGCCCCCGCCACCACUGUCGAAGCUCUUCCUUCCUUCCUCAAGCUGACGUGUGCGCUCGUCGCCGCCGCACCCCAAGCUCCCGCCUUCGAGCGUGAGGUUGUCCAGCCAGCGAUGGGCAAGAUUGCCGUAUCCCUGUCCCGCCUCGUCGAGCGCUUGGUCGAAGCGCAAGCCUAUCCCGCUAUCAGGGAGACCUUGGAGGCAGCCAGCGCGCUUAUUUCCGCCUCACCGCCGCCCUUCCGGCCCGCAGCACCGGCCUUGCGCGCUGCUAUGACCACUCUGGUGUUGGGCGGGGAGGCGCCCGAGGAUGUAAAGUAUGCCGCGGCGCAGACCCUCGCCGUCCUCCACAUGGCCGCCGGGAAGGCUGGCGCUCCGGCCGCGUGGGGAAGUGACAUGCGUGAAGCACUCGGCGGCCUGGCGGCCUCGAUGAGCGCGAUGACGGCCGAGGCCAUGGAGGAAGAACCACCUCGCACCGCCGCGCCCCCGCCUUCGUCUUCCCUUCCAGCCUUCCCUGUUGACCACAUCGAGCGCGUGAACGCAGCUCUGUUCGCCGUGGAGGGAUACACUGAGUUGGCCGUCGCGCUCCUCACAACCGCCACGGCUCGGCCGGUACCGGUCCCCAUCGCGCAGAUCAUCUCCGCUGCACUUCGCGCACUGAAUCUGACUUUCGACACUCCCGUCGCGCCGUACGUCUCGCCAUCGCACCACGCUGCUCUCGCCGCAUCUCUUCCUCGUGUAUGGGCUGCGGGCCUUCUCUUGUUGGGUGGAGCUAUGGCCGCAUGCGGAGACCACGUCGUGCCCCACCUCACUGCGAUCCUCGAGCACACAGUCUACCUCCUCGAGCGUACCCCGGCUGCGAUGGCUGGUGCAAGGCUCCAGCUUCUCCGCUUCCACUCUCUGCUUCUGCAGAUCUACCCUGCCGCCACCCUGCCCGCAGAGUACACCCAGAGGUUGCUGAAGUUCUCCCUCGGCGUGCUGGGAGGGGUGCUUGAUGCCCGGCCUACCGUCACUUCCGCCACAGGGACGGGGCGGAAGGGAAAGAAGCGCGCCCGUGGAGCCGAGGACGCAUUGGUGGGCGGACUGGCAGGCCGCGCACCCCGCCCUGCUACCGCCGUCGAGGCUGAGAUUAUGCAGGCCGCCCUCGAGCUCUCGCCCGCCCUCCAUAAGACGGUGCCGCCUGCACUUCUGAAUUUCUCCCUGCGCCUUCACCUGGCGCUGUACACUACUAUCGCGUCCCGACCAUCUUUCACCGCCCCAUCAUCUGCCACGGCUGUCCGCGCUACAUUGGACAGCGUUCUGGAGCAUGCGGCGACUCUUGAGGCGGCCGGCACGGCGCGGGACAUCCGUACCCUCCUCCUCUCCAUCCUCCCUUCCACUGUCGAGCGGAACGCCGUCUUCGAUGCUCUUCUCCACCCUGCCCUCCCGCCUCUGUCACGACCCCUGCCUCCGCUCGCGCAGCUGCACAUGUUUGCUCCGGAGAGCGAGGCUGAGAAGAAGGUGCGGCUCGAGCUAGGCUUCCGAGACGGCAACGAGGAGGAUGAGGAGGAUGAGGAUUCGGACGAGGACGAGGACAUGGCCGUCGACGACUGGCCGACAGGUAACGGCGUCGCGCAGCCGGUGGCACCUCCGACGCCAGCCCCAGUAGCUGUUGCUGUGACCAUCGCACCGCAACCAGUUGCGGUCGAGGUUGUCGUUCCACCACCGGCUGCUGUUUCAGCGCCGUUUUCGGCACCUAUUCCGGCCUCUGUUCCAGCCCCAGCUUCCGUACCGGUCGCCGCGCCUGCUGCAGUGUCUGUGCCUGAAGCAGCCCCCGCGGCGGCGCCGUUCAUGUCGAGUAGCUCUUUCUCUGCACCCGCGCCACCCGCUCCAGCACCGGCUCCGGUCGCGGCAGCGGAGGACGAGGACGAUUCGGACGAGGAGAUCCCGGACCUUGACAGCGGGAGCAGCGACGAGGACGAGUAGAGUACAUCAUUAGAUUUGCAUGCAUUUGGCCACUGGACGCGAAUCGAGGCCAG